GCAAAACGGUCUCAACUCUCGCUUUGCUGAGUCGCCUUCUCUCUCUCUCUCUUCCACCAAACAACAAACCCUUUUCAUUUCGAGUCCCCCUCUCUUUCUCUCUCCCUCUCUCUCCCUCUACCUCUGCGCACACGUCUUCUCUCUCUACCCUUUUUCGUCUUUUUACCACCCCACUCCAAUCAAACGGCCCACAUCCCUCCACGUCACCAUCGUCUUCUUCGUCCCCCUUCUCUGCCCUAUAUAUAUAUAUAUAUGCACAAACCGCUUCCAGCCCCGUUCUCUCUCCUAGGGUUUCAGACUCUCAUCGAAAUCACAAGCCCAUCUCUCCGCGCCAUGAUACUUACCGCUCGCUUCCAAGCUUGCUGUUUGCUCUCAGAUUUGUCUGACGCAGCUGUUCGAAUCGCUGGUUAGGGUUUCGAUUUGGCUUUGUUUCGAUAGAGUUUGGAAUUUUUGAAAUUCGAUUACGCGGCGGAGUUUUUGGAUGAUUGUUGGUGGGGUUGUGUUUGGCUGUAAUGUUUGAUGGCUAUUGAGAAGAAUCAUUUUAAGGCUUCGAGGUUUGAUUCCGAGUUCUCAAUGGGUAGUAGGGAUAGUGCCUCGAGUGAGGAGGAUGAGCUUCAGCGGCGAAGCUCUGCUAUAGAAUCUGAUGAAGAUGAUGAAUUUGAUGAUGCGGACUCAGGAGCAGGUUCAGACGACGACUUUGAUUUGUUGGAAUUGGGGGAAACUGGGGCAGAGUUUUGUCAAAUUGGGAAUCAGACAUGUAGCAUUCCUUUUGAGUUAUAUGAUCUUCCGGGUUUGGAGGAGGUUUUAUCCAUGGAUGUUUGGAAUGAGUGUUUGAGUGAGGAGGACAGGUUUAACCUAGCAAAGUAUCUACCCGAUAUUGACCAGGAAACAUUCGUGCGAACUUUGAAAGAGCUUUUUACGGGUUGUAAUUUUCAUUUUGGAAGCCCCAUUACCAAGUUGUUUGAUAUGUUAAAAGGAGGUCUGUGUGAACCUAGAGUUGCUCUCUAUCGUCAGGGUUUGAAUUUCUUUCAGAAGCGCCAACACUAUUAUCUUUUGCAGAGGCAUCAGAACAAUAUGGUCGGUAGUCUUCAUCAUAUAAGGGAUGCUUGGCUUAAUUGUAGGGGUUAUAGUAUUGAAGAGAGGCUUCGGGUUCUUAACAUAAUGAGAAGUCAAAAGAGUUUACAGUGUGAGAAGAUGGAAGACAUGGGGAUGGAGACUGAUUCCUCAGAAAGAGAAUCUGGUGAAGGCUUAUGGAGCAAAAGGCUGAAGGAUAGGAAACUUGGGCAGAAAAUGGGCCUCCAUACUACAUAUGGGGCAGGUCCAAUGACAGAUUUACCUUCUCGAGGGAGGCCAGUGGCUGUGGAACCAGCUAAAUAUGGGAAGCAGAACCCAAAAGGGACAUUGAGGUUCCCUGGAUCAAAGACCCCUUCAAUGAAAGAAUUGUUGGGCCACUCUCCUUCUGUUCACCAUGGUUUGGAAACAAAACCUGGUUCAUAUGGUUCAAUCGUAGCUCUUUCUCGGCAGAAUAAGGCAACAGGGUAUGAUCCAGCAGCAGCACUCCGGAUAAGGGAGCAUAUGAGAGAUGAUGAUGAUGCAGAUGAAACAAUGUAUGAGGUGGCUGUACAUAGAGAUCGAAAUGUCUCACGAGGUGGUGUAAAAUUGGGAAAGAAGCUUGAAUUUUUAAGAGGUGAUGAAUUUGGAACUGAUAGUUUCGAGGGUUUCCCUCUGCCUCUAAAGAAUGAUUUACAUGCCUAUGGAAAGAACAGGAAUGUGAAGCAGAUGUCAGAUAUUAAGGGCUUGGCAACUAAGUCAUCCAGUGCUAGAACUUCUAACAAUUAUGGCAAAAGGAUCAAGUACCAUGAGAGUGUUCAGCAAUCUGAAGUUGAAGAUCAGAUGAAGUCUGCAAAAGGUCGAGCUUCAUAUCUGUCACUAAAAGAACAUCGAGUUGACUUAGCGGAUCGUGCUGAGCCUUUUUGGCAUAACAGAACCCAAGUAGAGGCCUUUUCUGUGGACCCAUCCUUUAAAUAUGAUGAUUGGAAUGCUAGAAGCAAGAAAUGGAAGACGGGGAGGGAAUCUCCUGAUGUCAAAAUUAAAUCUUAUAGAACAGCGUCUCCCCAGAUGAGUGAUAGAUUGUUUCAUUCAGAGUAUAGAACAAAACCAUCAGAGGAGAAGAUCAGAGGGAGUUCUUCACAGAAUGGAGGAUCAAAUGUGGCAGCACUGAAGGGUGUUAGAAUGUUUGUAAAAAGUGAGGAGACAGAAUCUGACUCAUCGGAGCAAGUUGAUGAAGAAGCAGAUAACGACCCUUUGAUGAGGAGCAAGCUGGCUUACCCUACUGGCGUCCUGGAAGGCAGUCGGACCUCUUUUGUGAAAUCUGGUCUAGAUCCUAAAAAGGUCAAAUUUAUUAAUAAAAAUAAGAAGGAGAGCACUCGGGCUCUGGAUGGAAUCAUACGCUCCACAAAGAAGAUGGGUGACUUUGGUGAACAUUUGAGAAUAUCAGAAGUAGAAAGCUACUCUUCAAAAGUAAAGCAGAAGGGUAAGAUGCGUGAUACCAGUCACUUGCAUAGCUCUGAAGCUAGAUUGGAAGACAGCUAUUUCUCUGGCUCUGGACAGUUAAAUGAUGAUGAUGAUAGGAAACAAACACACAAAUUGGGGAAGAGUGGCCAUAUCCGAGCAGAAACUGGUGAAAGGUUACACAUGUCCUCAUCAAAGGCCUAUUCUGCAGAGAGAAGGCAGAAAUUGGAAGUUGACUAUGAAUACCCUGCCUUUCGGUCAAAUUACUUGCAUGUUGAUGAGAGAGACGAUCCUCUUGAAACACGUUUAUUGGCAGAUGAUGGUGGAUUUGCUAGUAGAUUGGGCAGGAAAAACAUUGAAGCAUUUGGAAGUGAUAAUCAUGAAAGAUUUGACAGCCCAUCACUAGGGUAUAACUCAGCUUCGAAGAAGCGGAAAGGGAAGGAAGGUGUUGCGAAGGUGGAUGGGGCUGAUGAAUAUGAUUACCUGCACUCUAACCCUCAGCAGCAAAUUGAUGAAUCCACUUACUUCAGGAAACGAGGAAAGAGAAAAUUGGAGGAUGACGGAGGUUCUUUGGAUAUGGGGACUUCUGAGACACCUAUAACAGAAAUGGGAGCAACAGAUUUGGAGUUGGAUACCAAGCCACAGAAAAAACCAUUUACUUUGAUCACGCCUACUGUUCAUACUGGCUUCUCAUUUUCCAUUGUACAUCUUCUGUCAGCAGUUCGCAUGGCAAUGAUUACCCCUCUCCCAGAAGAUUCCUUAGAGGUGGGAAGACAGAAACCUAGUGGGGAGCAGAGUGGAAAGCAAGAUGCCCUUAAUGGGAUCCAUUCUCAUGAGAAUGUGGAUAUCAAUAACCCAGAGCAUUCUGGACAACUGAGUUUGCCUUCUCUUACUGUUCAGGAGAUUGUCAACCGUGUGAGAUCAAACCCUGGAGAUCCUUGUAUUCUUGAGACACAAGAGCCUCUUCAGGAUUUGGUUAGGGGAGUUUUGAAGAUAUUUUCAUCCAAAACAGCACCUCUAGGAGCAAAGGGUUGGAAGGCACUUGUGUUCUAUGAAAAAUCCACAAAAAGUUGGUCCUGGAUCGGUCCUGUUUCUCAGAGUUCAUUAGAUCAUGAGACCAUUGAGGAGGUGACGUCUCCUGAAGCUUGGGGUCUUCCUCAUAAAAUGCUUGUGAAGUUGGUUGAUUCAUUUGCUAAUUGGCUGAAAAGUGGUCAAGAGACCCUUCAACAGAUAGGAAGUCUUCCUCCACCACCUGUGUCAUUGAUGCAAUUCAACCUGGAUGAGAAAGAAAGGUUCAGGGACCUGAGAGCUCAGAAGAGUCUCACCACCAUUAGCCCAAGCUCUGAAGAAGUGAGAGCCUAUUUCCGUAAGGAGGAAGUUCUUAGAUAUUCAGUUCCUGACAGGGCCUUCUCUUAUACAGCUGCUGAUGGUAGAAAGUCCAUUGUUGCUCCUUUGAGAAGAUGUGGUGGUAAACCAACAUCAAAAGCCCGAGACCAUUUUCUGCUGAAACGCGAUCGGCCACCCCAUGUUACAAUUCUUUGCCUGGUGAGAGAUGCGGCUGCCAGAUUGCCUGGAAGUAUUGGUACCAGAGCAGAUGUUUGUACGUUGAUAAGAGAUUCUCAGUAUAUUGUGGAAGAUGUUCCUGAUUCACAAGUUAAUCAAAUUGUUAGUGGAGCCCUGGAUCGUUUGCAUUAUGAGCGUGAUCCCUGUGUACAAUUUGAUGGGGAAAGGAAAUUGUGGGUUUAUUUACACAGAGAGAGAGAAGAAGAAGAUUUUGAAGAUGAUGGUACUUCAUCUACAAAGAAAUGGAAGAGGCAAAAGAAAGACACUGGUGAGCAGUUUGACCAAGGAACUGUAACUGUAGCUUACCAUGGUGCCGGGGAGCAAACUGGGUUUGAUUUAUCCUCUGAUUUAAAUGUUGAGCCAUCCAGCAUAGACGAUGAUAAAAGAGUGGAUCCUGUGUAUGACAAUGUUAGGCAAAACGUGGAGGACAAUGUGGAAACUGAUCAUGGGGCUGAACAAGGUAACUUGCAUGAGGGUCAGCCAGUGGUUUGGGAAGCUAUUGCCUUGAAUCCUAUGCGAGAGAACAAAUUAUUAUGCCAAGAAAAUUCCACAAAUGAAGAUUUUGAUGAUGAAACAUUUGGCAGGGAAAGGACGGUUGGACUUUUGAGUGCAAGUUUAUUAUGAGGAAUUCUUCAGGCUUGAAAGUCCUCCUAAUUAAAUUGCAUAUUCAUUGGUGUUAGAGGUGUGUCUUCUUAUACAUUGAAGGUGCGGCAUUUUACGUGUAUAUUGAUUUUAGCUCAAAAUUGUAGAAUAGCCACUGAACUUGUUGAGGCCCAAGAAUGUGUUUAGCACAGGUGGAUGUCUCAUGCCCUGGUUCUUAUAAAUAAUGUUUUUGACUACAAAUCAGAUAUCUAGAUCAUUCGAAAUAUAGUUUAUCUUGUCUCAUUAAUUGAUCAAAGUCGGCAAAUCCCAUAUCAGUGUAGCAUGUUAUGUUGAUACACCUUAGCUCUUUGUAAAUGUUUUUAUAUGAAUGCAUUUGUUGAAAUAAGCAUGUUUGUCUUCAGUUUAUGCCUAUACUAUGGUGGGGCUUGGACAUGUCAGGUUUCUCAUCAAUUUAAAAUUUCAACUACAUUGCUUCUUAUAAAACAAUCACAUUUCUUAUGGUGAUCUCCACAAUCUGUUUUUGAAUAUCCUGAUUUGUGCUCAAGUGAGAUCCUUGUUUCUCUUCUCCUUUCUCCCAAGGAUUGCACAUUGGUUAAACUUGAGAGGGAGCAGCAGCAGAUUUGCCAAUUAGAAAAUGAUUUUUUUUUAUUUAUUUUAAAUUUAUCUUUCUACUUGCAGCUGUGAACUUGGAUGAGGAACCUGACCCAAUAAUCAUCUUGUGAUUUUGUGUGGAUAUUCUUUUUAUAUUGUUUUAUACUUUGAUGGGUAUGGUUAUUUGUUUGUCUGGGCACAGUUGAAGGAAGAAUGCUAGGUUGAGCUGUUGAUAAUUGGCAGACGGAGUUCCCCCAUGUCUUCCCUUCCCUUCCCUUCCAUUUUUUAUUUACAGCAUCACACCAUUUGCAUUCCCCAAGUGGGACAGCUCGAGUUGUAAAAUUGUUUCUAGUUAGAUGUUUACUUUUUUGAGAGACAAAAUCGCAUCUAAAUUGUUUUUUUUUAUAUAUAAAUAAUAGCUUUUUUGAAGUC